UGCAGCUUGUAUGUAGUUGGGCUGUGCUGUGUGACAGGCAGUGUCUCCAGUGAGGGAGCCGCGGAUCGUUUACUCGCACCCGGAACCAGACCCGUGUUCCCCAGAAGACAGGGGAGCAGUGUCCGGAGAGAGGCGCCACUGGACGGCUGCAGAGGCCAGGAUGUUUCGUCUUCGCUUUUUGCCAGCGGUGGCAGGACUGGCAACUGUAACCCGCCGAUACCAUGGAGUGGCUAAUCCAGUACGUAGCAGGCGGAGAUUUAUGCUUGCUGCUUUUGUGGGGGCAACUGCAGUAUCUGCUAGUGCCGGAUUACUCUGGAGGAGAGCGAAUGCAGAAGCGCAGUCUUCAGUGAAGCACACCUUGAGAGAAGAGGACAAUGUCAAAGGAAAGGAGGCAGAGGACCACGAGAUUAAGGAUGAUCAGGUUGUGGAGUCAAGUCAUGAAGAUCAACAACCAGAAGAAAAAAAGAAGAAGCAACAUGUAGGAUUUAGGGAUCGGAAGGUGAUGGAAUAUGAGAAUCGAAUUCGAGCCUAUUCAACUCCAGACAAAAUCUUCCGGUACUUUGCAACUCUGAAAGUGAUACAUGAAUCUGGAGAAGCAGAAGUCUUUAUGACACCUCAAGAUUUUGUGAGAUCCAUAACGCCGAAUGAGAAACAGCCAGAACAUUUGGGCCUGGAUCAGUUUAUCGUGAAACGAUAUGAUGGAAAGGAUUUCUGGCAGACGGAGAAAAUUUCUCAAGAACGAGAGAAGUUUGCUGAUGAGGACAGUAUCUUCUUCACAUUAGGUGAAUGUGGCCUUAUCUCAUUUUCGGACUAUAUUUUCCUUACCACGGUUCUAUCAACUCCACAGAGAAACUUUGAAAUUGCCUUCAAAAUGUUUGAUCUAAAUGGAGAUGGGGAAGUUGAUUUGGAAGAAUUUGAGCAGGUGCAAAGUAUCAUUCGAUCCCAGACGAGCAUGGGGAUGCGUCAUCGAGAUCGAUCCACUACUGGGAACACACUGAAAAUGGGGUUCAACUCGGCUCUUACCACUUAUUUCUUUGGAGCUGAUUUGAAAGGGAAACUAACAAUUAAGAACUUUCUAGAGUUUCAGAGGAAGCUGCAGCAUGAUGUACUUAAACUAGAGUUUGAGCGUCAUGAUCCAGUAAAUGGUCGCAUCACAGAGCGGCAGUUUGGCAGCAUGUUGCUGGCGUACAGUGGUGUGCAGUCCAAGAAACUCACUCUAAUGCUAAAGCAGCUGAAAAAACGUUUCAAAGAUGGAGAGGGCCUGGCAUUUGCAGAAGUGGAAAAUUUCUUUACCUUCCUGAAGAACAUCAAUGAUGUGGACACAGCUCUGAGCUUUUACCACAUGGCAGGAGCUUCUCUCGAUAAAGUUACUAUGCAGCAAGUUGCCAGGACGGUGGCGAAAGUGGAACUCUCUGACCAUGUUUGUGAUGUAGUCUUUGCUCUCUUCGAUUGUGACGGGAACGGGGAACUGAGUAAUAAAGAGUUCAUCGCCAUUAUGAAGCAGCGUUUAAUGAGGGGGCUGGAGAAGCCAAAAGACAUGGGAUUCACUCGUCUUAUGAGAGCCAUGUGGAAAUGUGCCCAGGAGACGGCCUGGGAUUUCGCCUCACCAAAGCAGUAAGAGGAGGAAAGGAGCGAAGUCCCAUAGCAAAUUCAAAGAUGAUGAAAGACUUUCAAGAGCACAGACUGAUGGAAUAUGAGGGAAAGUUAAAGGAUCAGUAAAUGUUAGCGAUCUACAGUAAUACGAGUGCUUAGUGUCGCUGGCUGUUUUGCCUUUGCCAAAUUGUGUUACAUUAUCCUGUCACUGGAAUGAUAGUAGGUUAUAGUCGUCCAAGAGCGCCAUUUAUUUCGUCCGAUGCCAUGUGAGGGCUGAAGAUGAGUGGAAUAUUCAGGUUGAGUCAACUAGUAAAAAGUCAGAGGAGUCAUUAGCAGUGCGUCUGUGGUGACAAAAGAUGAUCUCUGACUUAACCUACAUUUCCAUGGUAAAUUAAUAUGAAAGGUCCCACGUUUCCCAUAUCAGGCUGUGGGACUGAUAAUUAAAAAAAAAAAAAUAUAGGGUGAGGAAAAAAAUUGGAACCACAGUGUUAACCAUCACAGGCUUUGUUCAUGUCUCAUUUUUGUAUACAUUUGGAGUAUUCCCCAACCAGUAGCCUAGAUGUAUCCACUGGCCCUAUGCACCCAUCACAUGCCAAAAGAGUGUCCUUGUAUAGAAAAGCAUAGGAAUAUGCAGAGGAACACAGUAAAACUUGUAUACUAGGUUGUAUAUGUUUUAUGUAUGUUUUAUUUUUGCAAUGGGAUCCUAUAGGCACGUCAUCCCACUGUAACCACUGGGCAGCACAGUCGAAUCUGACCAAGAGGUUUCCUCCAACAAUUUAGAUUGUGAGCUCCACUGGGGACAGGAAGUGAUGAUAAUGUCUGUAAAGUGCUGCAGAAUUUGUCAGUGAGUAAAAAUUCAAAUAACUAAGAUACACCUAUACAGUAGGAUACGUUGCAGCCUUCCAUCAGCGCUGUAGGACAGGAGGUCCUCCCAAAAUCUACUCCCACAAAGGCUCAAAAUGAGAUGUGAAGAAAGUCUAAUACUAGAAAUACUUUUACCGAAUAUUUGAAUAUUUUUAGAUUGAAAAGUGUCACCGUCUAUGGGCCAUAGUUACAUCAUGUCCAUCUUUACAGUGCAGGUGAAUUCAUAGACACUGCUUGAAUAUUGGCUUAAAGGCGUUGUCUCAUUUCAGCAAAUAGCAUUUAUUAUGUAGAGGAAGUUAAUACAGGGCACUUACUAUUGUAUUGUGAUUGUCCAUAUUACCUCCUUUGCUGACUUCAUUCAUUUUUCCAUCAUAUUAUACA